AUGGUCGUAUAUUAUGGUGCAUUUUUUCAGAGUAAUGUGGGUCAGCAAGCUGAGGAAGCAAGAGUUUUAGUUCAACAGAAUUAUCACAAUAUAAUUGCUCAUUUCAUGAGGCGUGGAUAUUCUUCAAUUUAUGCUGAGGCAGGUGAUUUAUUUGUUUCGAGUGCUAUAUUGAAUAUUCAUAUUCCCGAUCCAAGAUUAAGCUGCAUAUUUCGUGCUCCAUCAAAAGGCUUAUCUUAUUGGAAAGGGGAACUACCGCCUAGGACAUAUCCUAGUCCCAUAUUCUCUUGCAAAAUUUUUGUUGGUGGAGUUCCAUGGGAUAUUACAGAGCAGGCCUUAAUAGAGGCUUUCGAGAAAUAUGGGCCUUGUAGAGUAGAAUGGCCUGCUAAAGAAUCUCAUUAUGGUCACACAUCAUCUCGUCGAACCAAAGUCACUGGUUAUGUUUAUAUAAUUUUUGAUGGAGAAUUAGCAGUUAAAAAAUUAUUACAAGAUUGCUCGAAAGAGUUUGGUGGUGCUGGAGAAUCUUAUUUUAAACUUACAGCUCGUCGUGCUAAUACCACAGAAAUUCGACAGGUGAUUGAUAUAAUAUUCUGCAAAAAUGACUUUUUAUCUUUUCAGGUUCAGAUAAUUCCUUGGAAAACUGUAUUUGUAGGGGCUUUACAUGGGAUGAUAACUGCUAAGGUUCUCGCUUCUAUAAUGAGGGAUGUGUACUGUGGUGAUGUAGUGUACGUUGGUAUUGACACCGAUCGAUACAAGUAUCCUAUUGGUAGUGCUCGCCUAACUUUUGCAUCACAAGUACCAUAUUUUCUUGCCAUAGAAUCUGGAUUUUUAGAAAUUAAAACCUCGAAAUUUGUUAAAAAAGUUCAGAUUGAUCCAUUUUUGGUGGAUUCAAAGUGCUCACAAUGCAACAAUAUUCAUGGAUCUUAUUUCUGCCGUGAAAAAACUUGUUUUAAAUACUACUGCUUUCAGUGUUGGGAGGUUAUAUUUUCAAUGCUGAUACCUAUGCGUCAUUCAGUCACUGGUUUAUAUGCUACACAUAAGCCAUUAGUACGUUAUUCACGGCGUUCUGUGCGUACUUUCACUCAUUCGGCUUUUGGUGGUUCAAGUUCGAUUGCACUUAAGGCUUGUUCAUUUCCUUCGUACUAUCCAAUUCCUUAUAAACCUCAUAUUUUGCCAUAUUCAAUCAUGGAUUCUAACUUCUGUCAAGAAAGGUAA